CAAACACCGCAACACUUAUUACGUUUUUUAGUAGAUGCUACUUCUAAUAUUUGUAAACAACUUUCAACUUAGUCAGUGUUUUUCGAUGUUGGUAGUGUGAUUUUAUCUUCGUGAUAUCACGAUUAUUUUUAGUGAAAAUAAGAAGAAACGAUUACAUUCAAUAACAAUUUAAAUUGAUCUAAGAAGCGUUUGAUGAGUACCAUAAAUGUAAAAUCUUUGAACAACACUUUAAAUAUCGACAAGUACUUUACAACGAUAGAAAAUAUAACAAUAUACAGCAAAAAUAAAAAUCUAAACGGUUGCACAAAUAGAAAAAGAAACUGGGAUAGUUCCUCAGAUGAAGAACAACCAAUAGUUCAAACUAAAAUGGCUAGAGUAAACGAUAGUUCUAGUGAUCAGGAUAAGCCAAUAAGAAAAGUAAUUAACUUUUUAAAGCGAUCAAGAAAAAAUAAGAACAAGUCAUAUCAAAUUCCGAUAAUUAAAAAUAACUAUAGCGAGGAAUAUUUAAAAAAACACAAUUUUAUUGAACCUGAAAUAAACAGUGAACCGAUAACUGAAAAUGAGAAACUGUUAGCUAAUAAUUCUAAUAGUCAUCAUAAUUUCCUUAAACAAUUUACACAAAGUAAACUCAUUGAGAAUGAGCACUGCAGUAAAACAAUAAAUAAAACUAAAUCUACAACUCAAGAUCAAAAAAAUGGGGUUUUAACUGUACCCCUGACACAUAUUUUUAAGCAAACGAAAAACAUUCAGUCUAUGGAAAAUGAAAAAAAUAAAAUUUACCAUAGGGAGUAUAAACGCAAACGUACUGCGGAUCAAACUGAAAAGGAUAAGAAUAUGACUACAAAAGGAAAAAGUAUUGACAACUUUCUAAAUGAAAUUACACAAAAAAAUAUUGAGAAUGAAAACUUUACUACCGUAAUUAAUUCAAAAGAACUUCCAAUAGUACCAUCGAUCACCACUAUUUGUCGGCAGUUGGCCACAAGAAAUAACAGCCUUGAUAAUUUUCUUGAGAAAAUUACACAAAAAUUUACUCACAGUGAAUCCUUAAAUGUACCAAACAAAGAAAUAAAAUAUCAAGGUGAAAAAAUAAUAAUACAUACAAAAUCUAAUCCUUUGACUUGUUUCCAAAUUAAAUCUCAGAAAACUACUGAAGGAAUUAGCAAUAAUAAUAAACCUCAAGAUGAAUUUACAGAGACUUCAACGGCAUCUUUAAAAGAAAAUGCUUUGAAUAUGGAAAACAUUUCACAAAUAACAGAGUUACCUAAUUCAAAGUCAUUUGAAGAUGUUUUGAAAUCAUUAAAAUCAAUGAAAUCUGAAAACGAUCAUUUUAAAAUUCAUGGAAAAACUAAAAGUAAUAAAUAUUUGUCGAAAAAAAUUGAACAUAAAUCCAUUAUAAAUGAUAACUUUAACAACAUUAGUCAAGAUGAAGGACGUAUUAAUUUAAAUAUGUCCAAAACUGAAAGUAGCUAUAUAUUUUCAUUUAGUUCAUCAGAAGAUAAUGGAACAGAAAUUCCUAAAACACAGUCAUCAAAUAUUAUUCCAAACAAGAAAAAUGAACUUAAAGAUAAUCCAAUAAAUGUUGCAAAAUCGGAAAUCAUUCAAAAUAAUCAGUUGUCAGAAAGAAACUGCUGUAAAAAUUCUGAUGAAGAAUGUAUUGAAAGGAAUAUGACUAAAAAAUUAUGUUCUGAUACAUCUUACCAAGAAGAGUUCAGAAACAAUACUUGUGCUCAUUCUAGUAAUAAAAAUUUUCAAACUAUCAUAUUAAAUGAAUUUGAAGAAAUCAAAAAUAAAUCCAUAAAUGUUGAAAAUAAUAAAGGUGGAUAUAAAAAUUAUACUAAACUGAAAACAACAAAUAAUUUAACUAAAAACCCAAUUUUGAAAAUGAUUCAUUCCCACAAUUAUAAAGUAAUUUCAGAUGAAUAUGUUGAUGAAGUAUCUUCAAAAAUUAUAAAAGAUUUUACACCAAUUUUUUCAAAUUUAAACAAUGAUGGUGGUAAACCAGUAAAAAGUGUUCAUAAGAAUGUUAGAGAAAUUACUGAAAAAAAGAAAUUCUCUUCAGAAAAUAACUGUACGCAAAAUCAGUCAGACGAAGAUAAUAAAUCAGAUAAAUCUAAUACAGAUCAAAUAAAAAAACCCUGGAAUAAUUUGUUAAAUAAUGAACUAAAAUUAAUACUUAUGGGAGAAUAUGAAAAAUGUAAAAAACUACAAGAGAAAUAUAGCAUAAUAAAUGAUGAUAAGAUAACAAGAAUUUCAGAUAGUAACUCUAAAGUUGUAGAUCGGAAUAACUUAAAUGACUCUACUCUACAUCAGUUAGAGGAAGAUGAUAUUUGUUCUAACCCAAAUGUGGUAGAUAAUAAAUUUGAUGAUAUAAUUGAAAAAAAUGGUUCACAUAAAUCUAGUACAAAUCAAACAAAAACAUCGUGUAAUAAUUUAUUAAACGAUGAACAACUAAAUUUAAUUCUUACGGAAGAAUAUGAAAAGUCUAAGAAGAGAGAAGAGAAAUAUGGAAAAAGCCAAGAUGUUACGAAAACAAGAAUUACAAAAUUAAUAAAAUACAGUAAAAUGAAGAAUGAACAUACCAACAAGAUGUGUUUAUUGAAACGUUACAGGAAAGGAAAAUUAAAGAUAUACAGGUUAAAAAAGGCUAAGAAGCCUUGUACUUCUCCACCACCGAAAGAAGAUUUAAACAUAGAAAGUGUUCUUGAAGGGCUCACUCAAAAUUUUAUAGAACCCGAUUCGAAAUUUAAUCGAUCUAAAAGUUACAGUUCCGUUUCAACUUCCUCCUCUUACGUUACUGAUGAAACCCGUUCCGAAACAAUGUCUACGGGUUCUCGAGAUCUUACUUUACCGGAACAUAAACUAAGAACCGGUUUGAAUAAUCUUCUGAAGGACAAAACCAUGGUUUGUAAAGAGGAAGAAAGAUUUUUUUCGGAAUACGACAAAAGCGAGAUUAAAAGAAAAAUACAGGAUAUUUUUCUUCAAGUCUUUGAUGAUCUGACGAAAGGAAGAAGGUCGGUGUUAAAAUUUAGACGUCAGUGUUUAGCCAACUGUACGUUUAAAGAUGGAAGAUUGCGAUUUAAAUCGGAGGAUCCAGCAAUGACUUUAAUUAAUUCAAAUGCACAGAACAGUCAGAAUAAGUUUAAGUUAAUUUUAUACAUACUAAAAAAAGUUCAAACUCUUCUAGAAACUAAUACUAAACUAACAAAAAGGGAAUUAUUUUAUCAACUGAAGGACAUGAUCAGUAACCAGUCAGUAAUUGAUAGAGCCAUAAACGCAGUAAGCUGUCUCUUAGACGUAGGGAUGUGGGCUUUAAAUAUUGUGGCACAAAAAGGAUUGGUUUAUGGCGACUUGAAGAUCGUUCUUUCCAGUGGAGAAACGAUAAAUUGCAAAAUACCAGGAACUUUAAUACCACAAGACAUCGAAGAAAUUAUAGAAAUCCAAUCCAUUGCUUAUUUUAUAUUGGUAGUAGAAAAAGAAUCUAUAUUCCAUAAACUUAUAGAAGAAAAUUUACCAAGCAAAUUAACCAGACCUUUCAUUAUGAUAACCGGAAAAGGUUUUCCCGAUCUCAAUACUCAACUUUUCCUCAGAAAACUCUGGAUUGUGAUGUCAAUUCCUGUUUUUAUUCUAGUCGACGCCGAUCCAGACGGCAUCCAGAUAAUGCUUAAUUACAGAUUUGGUUCAGUCAAUAACGCACAUGUCUCCCAUCUUCUGGCGGUACCUAAUGCAAAGUGGUUAGGAAUGUAUCCAUCGGAUAUAAAGGAUUUUGACGUAACGACUCAACCUUUGACAUCUAGAGAAUUGAAAUUGGUUCAAAGCCUAUUGAAAACCCCGCACGUGGUAAAUAAUCCCGCAAUUGCUUCGGAAUUAAAAGUCAUGUACGAACAUCAGUACAAGGCUGGAAUUGAAGCCGUAAUGAAGAGUAUGAUAUUUUUGAGCGAAGUGUAUUUGCCGAGAAAAUUUUAUUUGCACAAUUUUAUUUAAGGCUGCAAAUAUAAUAAUUA